CAUCCCUUGUAACUGUUGUAAAUUAAAAUGGCGUAAAUUUCAAUAAUUUGUUGAUUUGCCACUUACACUACUUACAGCUAAAGACGCUAACACUAGUACUAAAAUAUCUAUAAAGUUGCUUUAUACAGAGACUAAACUAAUCUAAAUAAAAGAUAGCAACUGUAGCACUUGAGUCUAGAAAGUAUCAACACAAUGCCAAGGAUAGCUGUAGUGGGAGCUGGAGCAGUGGGCUUGUCCACUGCUGUGAACAUCCAAAAGUCUAUUCCUAAUGCUAAAGUCACAAUUAUUGCUGACAAAUUUGGAAAGGAUACUACAAGUAAUGGAGCCGGGGGAUUUUUCAGACCUUACACUGAUGACUUCCCUAGUGAAGAUCGUCAGAUGAUGUCACAGUGGGUGAAAGACUCAUGGGAAUUUUAUAGUAGUUUGGCACAGUCACCCCAAGCUGAAGAAACUGGUCAGACAUUAGUGUCUGGAACUGUAGUCUACAAUACACCCAGGGAUAACCAAUAUGCUCUACUUGCCAGUUUGGCUUAUGACUUUCACAAAGUUUCUGAAGAGCAUUUGCAAAGGAAGAAAUUGAAUUACAAAUAUGGUUAUAGCUUCACAACUGUUAUUACACAGACUACCAAAUUUCAUAUGUGGCUGACCAAAAAAUUUCGUGAGGCAGGUGGAUCCAUAAUAAAUAAAAAAUUAGAAACUAUAAAUGAAUUGGCAGGAGAGUUUGACAUUGUAGCCAAUUGUUGUGGACUUGGUGCCAGAGAACUGGUUGGUGACAAAAGUACAUUCCCUGUUAAAGGUCAUCUAGUCAUGGUCAAAGCUCCUUGGAUGAAACAUUUCUUUCUCUCAGAAGAUGAUAUUUAUCUCAUACCACAUGAUGAUAAACUAAUAAUUGGUGGUACAAGGGAGAAAAAUAACUUCAGUCUCACCGCAGAGAAGGCCACAAGGGAGAGAAUUCUUGCAAGGGCACAAGCACUUUUUCCUGAGUUAAAGGGAGCUCAAGUAAUAGGUGAAUGGGUUGGACUUCGCCCAGCAAGAGAGAGGGUUAGAUUUGAAACUGAAGUUUUGGACUGUGGACCCAAAGGAAAAUUACAAGUAGUUCACAAUUACGGCCAUGGUGGUCAUGGUAUUACAUUAGGAUGGGGAUCUGGUGUAGGAGCUGCACAGCUGGUUUAUGGUGUUGUGACAUCUUCCAAGUCAAAAAUGUAGAUUGUAUACACAUUGGAUAUUUCCCAUUCUGUCCAGAAUCACAGAUAUAUGUCAUUACAUUCCUUAAGUCAAGAUUGUAUAUACCUAUACACAAUAAGCUUAUGUAACUAUUGUUUUUACUUUGAUGUAAAAUGAAUGAAGUAGCGGUAUGCAUGCAGAUUUAAAUUAUAUUUAUAAUUGCCAGUAUUCAAUGAUAAUAUUAUAGUAGCAUCUCAAAAUUAAUGAAAAUUUUCUUAAUUUUUUAUAUAUAUAUAGACUUUACAUUCAGUGCCUUGAGUAGUUCAUGGAUAUAGUAUUUUCACUUGAUUUAUUUUCAUUUUCAUGUUAAUUUAAUUUAAUAUUUAUUCUGAUAUUCUAGUUUAUAUAUAUAUAUAUAUAUGUUCAUUUUACAUUUCAGGCCUUCAGUAGUUCAUGGAUUAUUAGUGUUUUCUCUUGAUUAAUUUGCCAAAUAAAAGUGUGACAAGAAUAUGUUUCUUACUUUA